CGCUGCUGGCCGAGCCGUCGCCGGCCGCCACGCCCGGCUCCGCUCAGUCUAGCUGCAAGUUCCUCAAGAAGUUCCCCGACGAAGCGCUGCUGCCGCUGGCCCAGCUGGUGCACGGCAGCACCCGCGCCAAGCCCAUGCUGGUGCGCGAGUUCGCCAACUAUUGGAAGCGCCGCGUCAGCCCUCUCUCGCCGCGCAAGUCGGAUGCGGUGGCUGACACCCCGGCCGGCUCCAGCAGCCUCCUCUCCAAGAAGAAGAUCGAGACCAAGCUGACCGAGAUUGCGCUGUACGGUCGCUGCACGACGGAAGGCCCGCUGCUGGGCCGCUGCUGCUGGCUGGUGAAGCCGGACGUGCUGGCGGCGCUGCCGACCGAGCUGCCACUGCCCAGCGAGUGGAAGUGGACCACCAAGACGUGCGCCAAGCGGGCGGCGACGGCGGCCGCCGCCGAUGCGCCGACGGCCGCCGAGCGGCCGCGCCCCGGUGUGGCGCUCAUCACCAAGUUCGCCAAGGUUGUGACGCCCGAGGAGGCGCGCCGUGAGCUGCUCAGCCCGCCAGCAAAGCGGAAGAUCAUGCCGACCAAGCUCAGCGCGCCAGAUUCGCCGGCCACACCGCCCGCCGGCCGGCCCGCCCAGCACGGCAUCUCCAAGUUCUUCAAGGCCAGCCCGGUGGCCGCCGCCGGUCCCUCCGGCACUCCUGGACGCUCCGGCGCCGCCCCUGUGCUCCCCGCCCCUGCACCUGGAACCUCCAGUGCUGCCAGCGCCACUGGCUCGGACGCCGGCACCCCCAAGCGCCGCCUGGCGCCGACGCCGGUCGGAUCGUCCGCAGCGUGA